GGCGCGAGCAAAGAGAUACACACACACGCACACACGCUCCUCGAGAUAUUAUAUAGAGCAUAUAUCUCCCGUGUGGAGGCGGUGCGUGUGAGGGCGCGAUGAAACGCCAUCGUCACCGGAGCCCGGUCGCAGCGAUCGCCCCGACAAAAGCAAGAAAAGCCGGGCCAAAAUGCUGAAGGAAGUCGGCUGCGGUGCAGGCGGCACGCCCCCGGCAGCCGACGGCGCUCGCCUCCAGCAGGGAGCCCCCGUUCCUCCGGACAACGUUACCGGCGGACAAAACCACAGGCCGGAGGACACCGCGGGCCUCAAGGCACUCGCAUGCGGUGGUUGCGGCCGCGACAUAGCCGAGCGCUGGUACCUCAAAGCGGCCGACCGCGCCUGGCACUGCGGCUGCCUCAGGUGCUGCCACUGCCGGCUACCCCUGGCCGCCGAGCUCACGUGUUUCUCCAGGGACGGAAACAUUUACUGCAAGGAGGACUACUACAGGCUAUUCUCGGCAUCGAGAUGUUCACGUUGCCGGGCGGGCAUAUCCGCGACGGAAAUGGUGAUGCGAGCGCGGGACCUGGUUUAUCACGUGGCUUGCUUCACGUGCGCCUCCUGCGGCACUCCGCUUAACAAGGGCGACCAUUUCGGCCAGAGGGACGGCCUCGUUUAUUGCAGACGAGACUACGAGCUGAUAUGCUGCUCCGUGGAUUACGGGAGCACGUCGGGGAGCGUCGACGAUCUCGGCUCGCCGGGGGUGUCGCCGCUGCCGGGCUACUACAGCGCAGCCGAGCAGAGUCCCAUAACGUCGGGCGGCGGUGCCAUCGGGGGUGGCGCUCAGAAGGGCAGGCCGAGGAAGAGGAAGCUCUCGGAGAUCGCGGGCUCCGAACUGCCCGUCACCAUGAGGCUGGCCGCUGGCGCGCUUGAGCUGCUGCAUCCCACGGAGUUGUCCUCGUCGAUGGAGUCUCUGGCGGCUUACGACGCGUCCACGGGUUCUCCGGGUGGUCUGAUGCAUCAGAGCCAACGCACAAAGCGGAUGCGCACGAGCUUCAAGCACCACCAGCUGAGGACGAUGAAGAGUUACUUUGCCAUCAACCAGAAUCCCGAUGCCAAGGACCUCAAGCAGCUCGCGCAGAAGACCGGCCUGUCGAAGAGGGUCUUGCAGGUCUGGUUCCAGAACGCGCGGGCGAAAUGGCGGCGCAACAUGAUGCGCCAGGAGGGCGGCAACAGCAUCACCAUAGGCGGGGGCACGAUGGGCGGGUGCCCCGGUACCCCGGCGUCCUCGAGCACCGGGGGUGGCUCGCCGGCCGGUCUCGGUGCCGGUGGCGCUAGUCUGCUCACCGACAGCAAUAGCAUGCCCUCCACCUCCAUGGAGGAGCUCCACGCGCUCCACCACCUGCACUCGUCCCAGGUUCCCUUCUCCGAUCUCUAUUGACGCUGAUUUGGAGGGAAAACAAAAUUUGCAC